AUGGUCCCUUUCAUUAUUGGCUUACAAGAAAGCGAUAAUCGCUCCGCGUUGAGCUGGGACUAUUCAGACAUUUUCCUCUGGGCAGCAUUUGAAGAAAAGAUUUUGAAUCUCGAAACUGAUUUAUACAAAUGGAACGAUGUUGUGCUUGGGAAUUGCUUUACCUUCAACCAUCGUGAAAGCAAAUCAACCUUUAAUAUGCGGUCUUCGGGCAUUCAGGGGUUGCAAGUGUUUAUGAAGUUGAAUUCGGACGAUUACGUGCCGUGGUAUGACACAGCAUCCAUGCUCGUAUUUGUAAAUGACAGAGAUGAAUAUGUGUUUUCGGAAUCAGUACGUUACAACGCUCAACCUGCUGGCGAAACUAUGAUUCUAUCAAAGUAUGGUCGGCUCGCUGGAAGAUAUGGAACAUGUGUGCAAAGCCCAGCCGAAGUCAAAUCUUACUACUACGACGGAAUUUAUACUACUGAUGGUUGCCUUCGUUCCUGUUAUCAAGAUAUGAUUUAUAAAACGUGCGGUUGUAUGGAUCCGCGAUACCCGGUGGCACCAAAUAUUUCAACUUGUGAACUUGCCGAAAGGAUAUGCAUUGACGAAGCAGUGGAAUUAAAUGGAGAUCCUUCAGAAUGGAAAUCAUGCAACUGCCCUUUACCCUGCAAAAAUCAGCAGUACUCUGUGGAAUGGCAUCGUACAAAGUCUCCUUUAAGACCAUUGCGUUGUUUGCAAUACUCGAACUCAGCCUACGACGAUUGUUGGGAAGUUUACAAUGACGGCGCUCUCAUCACAGUAACUCUACCUCGCCUGGAGUAUCAGGUUUUUGCUGAAGUUCCUGAUAUGGAUAUUAAUCGCUUCAUAUCCAACUUGGGAGGUCUGCUGGGCGUUCUUAUGGGAGUGUGCAUUCUCUCAUUCAUAGAAGUUGCCGUCUUAUUUUUUCAUUUAAUUGCGAUUGCCUGUUCAAAAAAGUAAAU